AUGGAAACCAACAAGAACAAAGACAUCAAUCUCCUGGAGAAAUCCAUUCGGGAAAAGGAAGUCCAGGAUAGAAACAAUACUGAUUCCGAUGCAGAUUCACAGACUGAAAUCUUGCGGGCUGCUGGUAUAGGCAUAGCCAAAGAUGAUCCUACUGAGCCCGUUCUCACUCUACGUAUGUGGGUGCUAGGAAUUGCCUUUUGCGUGGUCGUUAGCGGGCUGAACACACUUUACACCCUCCGUACACCUUCUUUGACAAUUUCGGGCUCGGUGGUACUCUUGUUGGCUUACCUCCUGGGAAAGCUUUGGGAGAAAGUCAUCCCGAACUGGACCAUUCCGCUAGGGCGAUUGGCAUUUAAUAUCAACCCGGGUCCUUUUAAUACAAAGGCAAGUUUUCUGGCAAAAGCCACAGAGCAUGUUUUGAUCUUUAUAAUGUCCAACCUCAGUAUUUACGUUCGUCUCGGCGCCGAUGUCCUGACAGAGCAGCAAAUGUUUUACGGCUACAAGGCAGGAUGGGGAUUCCAAAUUCUCAUUACUUUUUCCACAUUCCUCAUCGGGUUCUGUCUUGCUGGACUAUUCCGGGCGAUUGUGGUCGUUCCCCAAGAGCUGAUCUGGCCUGGAGUUCUGGGUGUUACUGCGUUGACCACAACCCUCCACCAUGUCAACCAGGAACAAGUGCAGGUGCGGUAA